GAUAAAAAGGGCGUUUAUCUAGUUUAUCCACGAGAGUGGGGGAAAAGAUGGCUCUCCUUCGCUUUAAUCCACUUCCCUCUGUUUCUUCUACACCGGCUCCUCCUUGCGCAACAUCCUUGCCCAUCGCUGUUUUACCUAUUCCCAGGUCGCGGCUAAAAACCAUCGAUCAUCCUCACUCAAAAUGUUUAACCGGUACACAAUUCGUACCCAACAUGAAAAAAUCGGCGAGGAAUCUAAAAGCAUCUUAUGCAAUUACCGAUGGCGGCGAGGCGCAGCUUCCGGAGGAAACGAAGAAGGAAGCUUUGACGGUGGAACAACAGCCUUUAGAGACAAAGACGCAGCAACUGAUGGAACAGAAGAUGAAGGUGAAGCUAGCCAAGAAAAUAAGACUUCGUAGAAAGCGACUCGUUCGCAAGAGGAAGCUGAGGAAGAAGGACGAUGGCCCCCUUCCAAGAUGAAAAAAUUAAAAAAUGUGUGACAUUAGCAGGUUUAGUGCUUACCCUUUUGCUUCAGUUUCUUGUUUUUCAACUUAAUUUGUAGUUUCUGUUUGUGGA